AACGACCAAUCAUCACAAUAUCUAAUCGAAGUUGGAGUUGGGACACCGCCCCAGAAAUUCACAGUUACUUUUGACACUGGAAGUGCUGAUCUUUGGAUUCCCUCAAGUAAAUGCCCAGCAAGAUCUUGUCCGUUCACUCGAUUCAAUGAAGCCAAGUCGUCUACUUUCAAACCCUUGAACGAAAAGUUUGGAAUCCAGUACGGUAUCGGCAGUGUGAACGGAACCUACGCAACCGACACAGUAACGGUGGCCGGAGCAGCAGUAAAAAACCAGCAGUUUGGACUGGCAACCAUAACAAAGGAAAUCCUGGCCUUACCUUCUGGAGCAAACUCAUCUUCGACGCCAUCGGUUUCUGGCAAUGGAAUCCUGGGUAUGGGCUAUCCUUCCCUGACCGCAGCCACAACCGAAAACGAAACACCCUAUAAUCCAUUUGUCUUUAACCUCGUCCAGCAGAACAUCAUCCAGAAACCAAUCUUUUCUGUCUAUCUCAACAGUGCGACCACAGAGGGCUGGGCAGGCGAAGUGAUGUUUGGCGGAGUAGACUCUACAAAGUAUGAAGGCGAUAUCCACAAUACACCUGGAGCAGACUCUUCUUACUAUUAUUGGAUGGUUUAUGGACAAGGUAUUGCUGUACGCAAUGGAAUCAAGGACCACGAUUGGAAGCUCAAGAGCACCGGUGGAUUUAUCUUGGAUACCGGCACCACCUUGACUUACCUACCACUCAACAUCGCAACCGACAUUGCGUCGUCCUUUGCGGGCGAGGAUGGAUACAAGGUCGACCGCCAGUCGGGCGUGAUUUUGAUCGAGUGCUCGGCCGCCAGCUCCAACGGAACAGUCGAGCUGCUGAUGUCCAGAUCGUCCAGCCAGACCUCUCAGAACCCUGUUACGGUCGAGACAUCCCAGACCUGUCUGUUUGGCAUCGCGCCCACCAUGACGACCGGGGCCGGUAUUGGAUCAAACAUGUUCUUGAUCGGUGACUCGUUCUUGCGUAGUGCUUACCUCGUCUUUGAUCUGGGCCAGAAUCAGAUCGGACUGGCU